AUGUAUGAGAUUUACGUGGAGACCUGCGGGCAAAACGCUCAGAACCAAGUCAACCCAGCCACGUUUGGGAAGGAUGACAAUCAUUCGCCGAUUAAGACAGACCCAGUUGGAUCGCCUUCGUCCGAAUUCAGGAGAUGUCCAUUCUGGGAGCAGGAACUGGCAAAGAAGUACUCCUACAAAAUGAUGGCCUUUCUUGCUGAUGAAUACUGCAGCUAUUGUCAAGACAUUUUACAGAACGUGGAGGACUUGGUUACGUCCUUCUGGAAAUCUCUGCAGCCGGACACAGUCACGCUCAUGUCAUUGCCUGACGUGUGCCAGCUUCUUAAAUGCUACGACGUGCAGCUGUACAAGGGAAUUGAGGACGUUCUCCUUCAUGACUUUUUGGAAGAUGUUUCUAUUCAGUAUCUGAAAUCCAUCCGGUUGUUUAGUAAGAAGUUUAAGCUGUGGCUCCUCACUGCUUUGGAGGGUUUUCCAGCCUUCUUGCAGAUCUCCAAACUCAAAGAAGUUACUGUGUUUGUCAAAAGACUAAGAAGAAAGACAUACCUUUCCAACAUGGCAAAGACCAUGAAAAUGGUGCUGAACAACAGCAGGAGAGUCGGCAUCCUGAAGUCGGAUCUACACGCCAUCAUCCAUCAGGGUGCUUUGGAUUUUUCGGAGAAAGCCCUGCUGUGUAACCCGAGCGUUGCCAAGGACCGGGAGGAGAACGCAGAGAUGAAAUGUUUGAGCAGUCUGAUUUCUUUGCUGGGGACGUCAGCAGACCUCAGCGUGUUCCUGAAUUGUCUGUCGUCAAAUCUCCAAGCAUUUAUCUUCCAGCCGAGCAGAAGCAAAGAGGAGUUUAUCACAUUGGCUGCCAGCUUCCAGCUGAGAUGGAAUUUCCUCCUGACGGCUGUGAGCAAAGCUAUGACCCUCUGCCACAGAGACAGCUUUGGCUCCUGGCAUCUGUUUCAUUUGCUACUUUUGGAAUAUGUGAUUCACAUACUUCAGUCCUGCAUGGAAGAGCAAGAGGAGGAUGACGACGUGGGAAAUCUCAAGAUGCUACCAGAUGACCCGUCUCCUGUCCAGCCAGGCCAGGAACUCACCCGCCCUCCAGACUCCUCCCCAGCCCAGGAGCAUGGAAGCCCGAGCGCGGAUCCCCCCCGGGUGACCCUGAGACACAAGAGCCAGAGCGCGGCGGGGAGCAGCGUGGUGGUCAGGGUCCCGGGCUUCCUGGUGGACACCACCACGGGCAACAAGCUCAUCCAGGUAUUAUUGGAAGAUAAGGCCACCGAAAGCACCAUCAAACUCAGCCUUCCUCUGGGACAAGAAACCCUCAUAACCCUGAAAGAUGGACAAAAAUUUGUGAUUCAUAUAUCAGAUGUGUCCCAAAGCUCUGAGAAUAUUUAUUUUAGGGAAAGUAAUGCUGACAUGUAA